UGAGAGCAUUAACCACUUUUGUUUGCCUCAGUCGUCUCGUUACCAGGUUCCAGUUUCCAGUUCCCGACCUCAAGCCACUUGGCCAUCUUGGCAUCACAUGCAUUGAAUGAAUCGAAUCUACACUCGUCUCAUAAGAUAGUUGCUGUUGUCAUUAGUAUUGUAUCGCCACGAUGGAGUUGUAUGAAGCAUCCAUUGCCCCAGGGUUUUGUGGUUAUCAGCUUCCCGUCAAGGUUGUGGAAGCACGAAGCGUUGUUUCGUUGGGAGAAUCCAAUUUUCUUGCCCUUGAACGAAAGACCAAUUCGGUCGUCUACUUUUAUGAUUCCGACCAGGAUGGCUUGGCGGAUAGUCGACGUAAUGUGGCAAAGGCAGAUCGAUUGAACCAUGGUUUGGCUAUCCAUGGUGACUAUGUGUAUGCCUCCUCCGACGUCCAUGUGUACAGGUGGAAAAUCAACAAUGGAUCCGAUUUUCUCAUCGUUGUGGAAUCCCAGGAGCUUGUCAUUGACAAUAUCAACGCGGAUGGCAUGGGUGGAGCUCCCCACGGACACACAACAAGGACACUGGCAUUUGAUGAUCAAGGAAGAUUGUAUGUUUCCGUAGGAUCUAAUGCAAAUGUUGACCCUGACAGUUACAGAUCUCGAAUCCGGCGCUUCACCUUGGAUUCGGUUGAGCUACCCAUAGACUUCCAGGUAGGAGAGGUCUUUGCGGAUGGAUUGAGAAAUGAAGUUGGAUUGGCAUUUGACAGGCACGGUGAUUUGUGGGGAGUAGAGAACUCAGCAGACAAGCUAGUCCGAGAUGAUAUUGGUGGUGAUAUCCAUGAAGACAAUCCAGCAGAGGAGCUGAAUCGCUUCAAGGAAGAAGAUAAAGGCAAGCAUUGGGGGUAUCCACAGUGCUGGACUGAGUUUUUGGUUCCGCCUCCCCAUGGUGAAGGUCAGGGGACCAUAUGGGCUUGGCCAUCCUUUUUGGAAGCAGGAGCAAUCUCCGAUGAAGCAUGCCGAGCUGAUACCAUCCCUCCUGUCGUGGCUCUCCAAGGACACUCUGCCCCACUUGGGAUCACCUUCUAUGAGUGGAAGAAUGAAAGCCAGCUUUCUCCCAAUUGUCCUCCAAGCACAGCAUUCCCUCAGGAGAUGGAUGGAUAUGCCUUUAUAGCCUAUCACGGCUCUUGGAACCGAGACACUCCUACUGGGUACAAGGUGGUCUAUGUCGAGAUGGAUGAGGCUGGUGAGCCCAUCGGUAAUACACCUAUUGAUUUGCUAGCACAUGUCGCACCUGAUGCCAAGUGGCCUUCCGGAUUGAGGCCCGUUGAUGUGGCUUUUGAUGAUUGUAGCCGUCUGCUGGUCACCAGCGAUGGAACCGACUCCAAGGGUUCCAUGGUGUUGAGGAUUGAGUCGACAGAUAUCAACGGGACCUGCUACACCAACAUUACAUCCUCGGCACAUGCGCCCACAAAUUGGCAACGGAAGACCUGGGCCUUCCUCGUACUCCUCACGUGCGCGGCUUCUACAUUCGCGGGUUGGUGAAAGAGUGGGCUACCCUACGCCAUACACCCAAGCCAACCACGCAAAUGCAUUCAUUGUGUCCCUCCUACAUGUAGCUAAAACUAGAGGGAUUCAAAGUCUGUAUUUCUU